AUGCAAAACAAUACAUCAAUUAUGAAAGCCCGUCUCAAUGAAGAGAAGGAGAAGGAUCCAGAGUUUCUGAAAAGAGCCAUCUGUGUUUUAGAACUUCCAUUCGUUGUGGAUGAACAACAAGUGGGUAACUUUUUCAAAAAGUGUGAUGGAGGAGUGAAACGACUGGAAAUUAUUCGAUCUGGAGCUCUUGUUUUCUCAGCUGCUUUUGUUGAAUUUAACAAACAAAAAGGAAAAAAGAAAGCCAUAGAACUCUCGGAGAAAGUCGGACAGGAAUAUGAUGUGAUAAUAUUGAGUGCUGAGGACUUUCUUGAAGAUAAAAUUCCAACGAGAAGAGAAGUGAGCAAGACACCACAAAACAAGACACAAAAUGGUGGACCUUGUAAGAACCAAUAA